ACAGUUCGUCUAGUUUGUUUACGAUGAAGGACACCUUCCCUGUCAUUCAGUUCUGUGACGUAGGACGCACAUACGUAACGUUACAGCGUAACGCACGUUUGGGUCCAGGAGCGCCGUUGGAAGUUUGAACCAGCUAAGUUGUCAGUAUUGACGGCCCGCGUCUGGUCACACUGACCCAUCAUGUAUCGUCCAAAACCAACUCUGAAGGACCGACAGCACCUUUACAAGCUCAUUAUAAGCCAGCUGCUCUAUGAUGGAUACACCAACAUCGCCAACAGUCUCAUCAAUGAGGUCAAACCACAGAGUGUAGUGUCGCCCUCUGAGCAGCUGAUGCAGCUGGCAAAGACAGGGAUGGAGAAUGAUGACAGUGCAGUUCAGUAUGCCAUUGGGCGCUCAGAUACGGUGGCACCCGGUGUGGGUAUCGAUCUGGAAUUUGAUGCUGAUGUCCAGACCAUGUCUCCAGAGGCAUCAGAAUAUGAGACUUGCUAUGUAACAUCCCAUAAGGGUCCAUGCCGUGUCGCUUCAUACAGUCGUGAUGGUCAGCUGAUUGCCACUGGCUCAGCUGACGCUUCCAUCAAGAUCCUGGAUACUGAACGCAUGCUGGCCAAGAGUGCCAUGCCUAUUGAGGUGAUGAUGAAUGAGACAGCGCAGCAAAACAUGGAGAAUCACCCUGUGAUUCGAACACUGUAUGACCACGUAGACGAAGUCACCUGCCUCGCCUUCCACCCAACUGAACAGAUUCUGGCUUCUGGCUCAAGAGAUUACACCCUUAAACUGUUCGACUACUCAAAGCCUUCUGCAAAAAGAGCCUUUAAAUAUAUACAGGAAGCUGAAAUGCUCCGUUCAAUCUCCUUCCACCCGUCGGGUGACUUCCUGCUGGUGGGAACACAGCACCCCACCCUCCGCCUCUAUGACGUCAACACCUUCCAGUGCUUUGUGUCAUGCAACCCGCUGGAUCAGCACACAGACACUAUCAGCGGCGUCAGCUACAACCCCACCGCCAAUAGCUACGUCACCUGCAGCAAGGACGGGAGCAUCAAGCUAUGGGAUGGCGUCUCCAACCGCUGUGUAACCACCUUCGAGAAGGCCCACGACGGAGCUGAGGUCUGUUCCGCUAUCUUCUCCAAGAACUCAAAGUACAUCCUGUCCAGUGGCAAAGACUCCGUGGUUAAACUGUGGGAGAUCUCUGCAGGCCGGACACUGGUUAAGUACACAGGGGCGGGGCUGAGCGGCCGUCAGAUGCAUCGUACGCAGGGCGUGUUCAACCACACAGAGGACUACGUUCUGCUGCCAGAUGAGCGCACCAUCAGCCUGUGCUGCUGGGACUCGCGCACGGCCGAGAGGAAAAACCUGCUGUCUCUGGGUCACAACAACAUCGUCCGCUGCAUUGUCCACUCACCCACCAAUCCUGGCUUCAUGACCUGCAGCGAUGACUUUCGGGCCCGCUUCUGGUACCGCCGCACCACCACAGACUGAGACACGUUUCUACUCUGCCGCCUCCCUUCCCGAGUCGUCUCCUCUCACUGAGAGACAAACAGAUUCUGAAUGGAUUCUGCCGUCUCCGUAACCUCAGUGAACUCGUCACUUUCUUCUGAUCUGUGGUGUCUUUCAUUUUUACUUCAUUUGAAACUGUGCCGUGGAAUUUUUGUACAGACCCUCAGAAACGUUGUCAUUGCACCAUCUGAAAGAGUAAAGAGUGAUUUAUCAAAAAGAGAAGAUGUUUCCCCAAAUGGCUUCUCUUUUUGAUAAAAACACUUAUGUCUUAAGUCUAACCUUUACAAUUUUAGUGUUAACCAACGGCCCGUAUUUCUCAGUUGUAUGUCAGAAAUGACAUCAGAGGUGGUUUGCUGUCUUUUUCCACAUUUAUAUUUUAUCUGUGUCCUUUUGUUGUAUUUCAUAUUUGUAUUAAACAAGUAAAGGAACAAGUG